AAAAAUUAAGCAGAAGGGAAAAUCAAAAGUGCCAGUAGUCUAGUAUAAUAUUUGAUAAACAUUAAUACUUUGUGUAAAUAARAUUUGCAAGUGCAAAGAAAGAGCUAAAAAAAAUACUGUGCCAAUUAUUUUAAAACGGACGUGCGAUAAAUCACAAAUGCAUGUUUCUUAGCCAUUCAAAGUUCGUCGAGUGGCUGGAUUUGGAUUUCGAUUUUAGUUUCGGUUUCGAUUGAAUUUGCGUGCGCCAGCCCACUUAAGUGAGACAACUAAUCACAAGAUCAGAGUUUCCAUAUUUUUGCUGUCGAAUGUUAACGUUCACGAGCUGUAAGCAUCCUUUCAUACACAAAGUAAACUCUCGCAUGAAUCAAUCAAACAGCUGGUACUUGAAGCAGAACAUUUAGUACGUGAUGUCGAAGCACUAAAGACGCCUAAUAAACAGAAGCAAAAGCAUUCCGUCAUCAAAUUGUCGUCAACAGUGAAGAAACGAGAGAUCGCCAUGCCGGGCCCAAUCAAGCAACGUGUGCAAGAAUGGCUGGAGCAUCAGCCAACUUCAUCAACUACCACUCAGAGUCAUAGAAAUCCCAGCGACGAAUUACAGAGUGGUGUUAAGUCCAAAGCGGGCGAUGACUGUGAAGCAUCGGGUGAAGCUUCGGAAACAGAUUCGGUUCCUCAUCCUGGUUCCGAUACUUCAGAAGGUCUAACAGAAUCAAUAGCUACGUGUAUGCAGACAAGCACAAAUUCCUUCGGUGGCAACUCCACAGAAUGCUUUGCAAGUUCUGUAGAGCCCAUUGUCAGUUCAGCGACAGUACUCGGUUACGGCAGCAGCAACCAGAGCUUAAAUGUAAAAAUCGUGAAACGCUCACAGUCACGACGUAAGUCAGAACGACCAUGGUCGGUAUCAUGCCUGUCGCAACUGACCACUGAAACMGUCCCAACAGAGACGAUUGCACCGGUUGUGGGAAAUGCACAAACUGGACUUGCCACCCACUCYAUCAGCGAGUCAGCACUGGACUCUCUGUCUCCUGGCCGGCAACGUGUCUCUUCCUCAUCAACGAUAAAUGUCAACCAAGUAAAAGCUAGCAAUAGCAAGGGAUCUUUGAAACGCCGUAAAACUCGUAAGAAGAAAAUGUCAACCUCUGGAAAUUUGGGCGUUGUCGCGACAAAUACACACUCGGUGCUUAAGAAAAGCCCAGAUUCUGGCUCAGAGGACACUGCCGAGGUGCCUCGACUCWCACAAACGCUGCUCAUGAAGUCUUGUGAGUCCAUGUCCACGCAACAAAUACGCGAAAUAACAAGCGCGCUCUUGUGUCUACAACGCGGCAAUGGCACAAAUCUCAAUGAAGCUGCAACUGGUAGUAAUAAAAAUGCCGCACAAUACAGCUUGGAAGAGUCCAAACAGCACGUUAUACCACAAUCACAAAAAGAUAUGGGCGAAGGAGUACCUUUGAUGAAACCCAAUUUUCGAGUGGGCUCUUACACCACAGCAUAUAUGCGUAAYGAGAAGCGUUUGGGUUCGUUAGCCGCCUUAGCCACUUAUAUGAAUGAUGAAGAAGAAGAACAACAAGGAGAAUACACCACUGGCACUGAAGAUCACCAUAGCAGUUUUUCAGAGACAGCCUGGGAUAAUUAUCAAGAGAAAUAUAAUUCCGAAAAUUAUUCCGAAGGCUUCGACUCGGAUGCAGCCAGGAAACUUAUGGAAUUCGGAGAUGACUACAGAAAUUUCAUCGAUUCGCAGUCAGAUUGCUGUUCGUCGCUGUCUGCUGCCAACAAUUUGGAUUCGUUGUCGCCACCACGUAUGGACUCGUUGCAACAAGCAGACACGAAAGCGAUCACGCAAGAUACAAUUGCUAACAGUGUGGACCACGCCAGACGUCGMCGUGCACUUGACUUGGAAUACGAGCGAAGACGUAAAACAUUAGAGGUUCGUCGCAAAUCAUGUCAAGAUUCAACUGAUGCACAAAAUACGCGUACUCCCGCCAUAUCGACAUCAUCGUCAGUCAACGCAAUUACUCCCAGGAUCGGUUUUGAGAAAGCCAAUCAGCAAAGAAAAUCUGAUUCAACUGGUCGAAAAUUGGAAUUUGGUAUGAGUCAAUCGGCGCAGUCGUUGCGUCGCACCUCCGAAAGCGACACAUCAACUCGACGUCGCAAAAUUGACGAUCGACGUCGCUCAUCGCGCAACCUUGAUAAAAGUAUCAAAGUCAUACCGGCCACWUCUUCGUCCAGCUGCGAUGACUCCGACGAUGAAAAGGAGAUGCGUAAUUUACUACAGCAAAGCAGAAAUCGUUUGGAAGACACGGAAGCCUUAAAGAUACGCUGUCACCUACUGCGUCCAGAAGAUUAUACGGAGAUUAUUAGCACUUGUCGYGACAACAUACGGUGUCUGGAAGCCGUACUACGUGGUCCGCCUGGCACAGUACUGUCUGCACAGUGUGCCGGCCAGACAAAAGAUUUAUUAGCGGCUUGGGAGGAUCUGCUGAACUGGAGUGAAAAUGCUGCUUCUGCUCGUAAAAUGCAGGAAGAGAUGAUCAUACUUAAGCACUCGCUUAGCAAAUUGGGUGAUAGUGGCACAUUUGAGCUACUAGAUACAGAGCCACAAAUACAAGUCGCCAUUGAGGCUUUAAAGAAUGAGAAAACGGAACUGCAAAAUUACCGCACAAAUAUGCUACGGCUUAACGCCAGUGUGCACAGUUGGUUAACACGCCAAGAGAGACGCUUGCAGAAUGCCAUAGCAGCGGAGCAAUUGAAAGAUGCUGGAAAAGUUGAUGUUGAAUCGCUGGGUAGCCACGCUAUGCCCAGUGUCACCGAAGGAGAGGUUGCAAUGUGUUCAACAACCGUAACCCUAACCCAAGGGGAAACGGAUACUGUGACUACAAAUAUAYAUGACGCUACAAAGAAGCUGUCCGCUUCGAUUGGCACCAGCACUGUUGGUAGCAAUGCAAAAGUUUUGGACAUACAAACAUUAAUAAACUCGGAAAACGAAUUCCAUAAACAUUUGAAAAACGAAGUGAGUGGAAUGUACAGUGCGUGGGAUGAUGCUGACGCAAGAAUAAACACACAAUUGGAGACACUUACAAACUCGUUGCUGGCUUGGCGCCAGUUGGAAAGUGGUCUGUACGAAUUUCAGCAAGCGCUCGGCCAUGAUCGUGGCACACUGAAAGGAUUGGAGGGCGCUCUAGAUAAAGGUCAAACAACACCAGUGGAGCUCGCACAGAAUGUGAAAGUCGUUGCUAAAUUACUUUCGGAGCGUGUAAAUGUUAGCGAAGAACAGCUCACUGCAGUGCGCGAACAUUUGGAUCCUAACCACAUAUUGCAUAUUGCAAAAUUCACUGCUUCAAAUGGUUCRCUUUCGGAUUCCGGCAUUUCGGACGGUGGCGCUACUUCGGAUGGCGGCUUGUCUGAGCGCGAACGCCGACUCGGCGUAUUACGACGCUUAGUAAAACAACUUGAACUGGCGUUAGCACCUGGCAGUGAUGCAAUGAAAUCGAUUGCAGUGCGUAUGGAAUCAGCUGAAGCGGAACUCAAGAAUUUGCAAAAUACUUGCCGUGAUUUGAUUGUGCGCACAGCUGCCUCACACCAAAAUAAGAAAAUGCAACAGCAAUUGCAGAAAACCGAAGCACAACAACUACUCGUACCUGUAACUGAAAUUGGCGUCAAAGGMACUGAGAGCCCUAAAUCUAAUGGCAAYGCCUUUAGCAAAAGAGGAAGUCCAAGUCAUGACCAGAAUAGCGCCGCUACACCAAGUAAAGCAGCAUCAACAAGAAAUGGUCGACAGAAAAAGCAGAACAAAAAAACURCAGGGUCAGAUAACAAUUUGGAUAACAACAAUGACAGCAACACCAACAGCGCUUCGGAUGCCACCGAAGUUCGUAGAUAUUUGUCUGCCGCUGCUCCGGACUCUGGUGACCCCGCUGAUGAUCCGGAUUUGGAAUUUGAUUUGGACACAGCAGACAAAAAGAAUGAUAAGCUACCACAUAAUAGUUGGGCUUGGCGCAUUGCAAAAGCAGCUGUGCCCAUGCAACUGGCGCUAAUAACCUUCCUAUGCGCCGCUUGUCUAAUGCAGCCCAACUGUUGUGACAACCUCAACAAUUUAUCAAUGAGUUUUACGCCUCAAUUGCGCUACAUACGUGGUCCUCCACCGAUUUGAAAUACUUGCUAUCGGUUGCUCCUUAGGCUAGGGUAGAAACUAACGUGGCGAGUCACAAUAUGACCCUCCUGCUGCUCAAGUUGACAGCUUACCGUUUAAGAAGGUAUCCGAUGCACUCGAAAUUGGUUCAUUUUGUUGGGAAAUUACAAUCCCAAUCAAACUUCCAAUUGCAAUACAAUUUUUUUAUUGUUUAGUUAAAAUCGAUACCUAAUAAGAUGCAAAGUGAAAUAAUUGGGAUGAAGAGGGGAUGGUAGAACACUUAAUUUAGAGGUGAAGGCAAUUAAAUUAUUUAGAUUUUAAAAGUAAUUUAAAGGAGAAGGUGAAACUGCAAAAAGCGUUUUGGAAAACAAAUAGCUUAUGAAUAUGAAAAUCAGCUAUUACUAGAAUGGAUCCUGUAUUGGUGUCGUAAAUUCCGUCAUUAUUCUGAAUGUUGAAAGCAUUGGAAUGAUUACAUUGUACGCAAUUCGUCAAUUUAGCCGCAUCACAAUGUUGUGAGCAUAAAACACUACAGCAUAUUCCAAAGGAGUAAAGUUGUUCUAAAUUGCGCUAAGAUUACGAAAGGUUAUGAUGAAUCACAAUUUAGCCGAUAGCUAAAUGUCUAUUGAGUUAGUUGAGCAAUAAUUAUUAUGAAAUUUGCAGAAAUUGUUGGGUGAAUAAUAUACAGCUACUUUUUUGUUUCGAAAA